AUGAAAAAAAUCAUCGCCUUCCCCCAUUUUUCCCUCGCCCUAGUGGCCCUUCAGCCGGCCGUCAAGUUAAGUACCCAAUUGGAAGAUGUUUCCGGCGUGGAGCUGAGCUGUUCUACGGCCGCGUUUUCUGUGACGUCGCAGCGGCCGCUGUACACCGCCUCGGCGGACGGCUUUCUGGACGAAUGCUCGUCGAUCCGGGGGCCGAAAGGGUGGCUGGCGACCGUCGGCUACAACACCUGCGGCACGACGAGCACCUACAUCUCGGGCGGCUCACACCUGUACGCAAACGAGGUCGUCGACGACGCAGGCCACGGCUUUAUCAUAUCCUGUCGCUGCUCUGGCCGCGUCUGCCACAGCCAGGUCCUGCCCAAGGCGCCGCACCUCUUCCGCGUCCAGGCAGCUGACGCACCCCUCGAACUCACAGCCUACCCAGUGCCUGCCGGACCCAAGCCAAGGAACGCCGUCCGCGCCGCACGGCCCGACACCCGGCCCGACAUCCGGCCCGAUCCGCGCACCUACGAGGUUUCCGCCCCGCCCGCGGCCGGCUUCCUCCGACUCCGCGACUGCAACCUGCGCAACAAGACCACCGGCGCGGAAAUGCAGGUCAUCGCCGACAGCUGCCCCACCUCCUCCAAAAUCGACGUCCGCGUACACAAGAGCACCGGCAUCGGCCACCUCGCUUUCUCGGCCACCCAUCCGCCCGAAACCGAACUCGUCUGCACCUUCGCCGCCAGCCCGCAACAAAGCCCCAGCCUCGCCUCCCUCUGCGGCCCCCGCCGUCUCCGCCGACGCGUGACCGCCGCGCUACCACCAAAACCCAACUCCACGAACUCGCCGCCCGCCGCCGCGGCAGCCGGCAUGUGGAGGGACUGGCAGAUGCCCAAACGCCUCCUCCAACACACCGAGAACACCGCCUCUUUCCAUCAGACCGACCCGCUGCGCGCGUUCCAUCAAAUCGACCAGAUUGAUCCCGCAAGUUGGCCGCCGCCGCGACGUCGACUGUCCACGUUCCAGGACGAGAUCAACAAGCGGCUGAAGAAACUGAACGCGGACGAGAGCAUCGUAUCGCAGAUCCGGACGCAAUUGAUGGACGCGAACGAGGAGUUCGACCCUCUGGUGCUCAUGCCAUACGCGCCGGGCAACGACUACUACGUGGGGCUGAUGGACGGUUCCAAGGCGCACCCGAUGCUGGGUCGCUUCGGCGCGGACGUGGGCUGGGACCAGUGGGGCGCAUCAAUUUCGCGGGACAACCGACUGGGCGACACGGCGGUGAAGGUGGGCAAGAAGGACGGCGUGACCGUGAGUCAGUCGGUGGGCGUGAAGAACCGCUCAGUGCAGACGGACGUUAGGUACAAGGACAUGGUCCGAGUGGACGCAGGACACGACCUGGAACUGGACCAGUACCACGUGGGCACGUUCGUGAAGGGCUUCGGUGUGGACGUGAAGCGCGAGAACGAUCAGGAUGCGACGGGCGUGUUGGUUGAGACGCCGAACGUGACGGUUGGCGCGAUGGGCAACCUACUGGACCGCAACUACGGCGCACGCAUCCGGAUCAAGGACGUAGAGGUCAUGGCCCGACAUGACUUCGAUCAGCACCUGUACGAGGACAAGAAGAAACUCGCAACUGAACUCGCAAUCAAGGCCGGUCCGCACCUCGGCGUCGCCGUCGGGACCGACCUGCGCCAGGAGAAGUUCGGACUCGGUCUCGGCCUGAACGGCACGCAGUUCGGCGGCAUGGCCGACCUCGACGACCGCCAACUAAAGCUGACUUCCACGCUCCGCGCCCGCCGCGGCGACCCGUGGCAUUACUAUGUGGAGGCCGAUCUGCCUGACGCCAAGUCGCGCGCCACCCACGCUGCCGUCGGCGUCGGCAAAACCGACCGCCACGUUGUCACUGCCGGUGGCGGCAUUGGCGACGACGGGCUCCCCGAGUUCAUGGCCCGCUGGAGCGGUCGCGACGCCGCCGUCCAGGUCCAACUCGACGACAAGACCAACCAGAAGCGCAAGUUCACCACCGGCUUCCAAUUUGGCCGCUUCCACUACGUCUGGGACAGCAACCUCCUCCUCGAGAACAUCCCCGUCCCCCUCGUCGCCGGCCUCGACCCGCGCACCGUCAGCGAACUCAUCAACGCCAACGGCUAA